AAACCAAGUAAAGAAAUAAACAAAUAAACAGUACAAUUACAAAUAAAUAAAUAAUUCAAACUAACAUUAUAAAUCAGUGGAUUGUGAAUAAAAAUGGGUGAUGCAGAGGCGAUGCGACCGCCACCUGUCAGUGGACCUCGCCCACCAUUUCCUGGCGGUGGCAUGCCCCCACGACCGAUGGCUGGGCCACCUCGCGCUCCCAUGAACAUGGGCGGUGCACCUGGUGGUGGUCCUCCACCAAGAUCAAUGCCACCUCCAUUGCGUAACACAGAUAGCAGGGGAAAUCUGCUGAUGGGCAUUGGUGCCCCCGGCAGCGGGCAACGUCCACCACCGCCACCGCUGCAAAACCUGCAAAUGCGUCCACCUAGCGCAAAUGGCGGUCCAAUGAGUCCACCUGGGCAAGGUCAACAACGCCCGCCCGCUGCAUAUCCCUGGUCCGGUGCACCACCUGGUCAACAAAUGCCAGCGAAUCGUCUACAAAAUCCCUAUCCUGGCAAUCCGCCGACGCGUCCGCCAUUUGCACGUCCGCCUGGCGUUCCGCAAGUGGGUGCACAACAACAACCACUACAACGACCGCCCUAUCAGCAACUGCAACCGCAACCGCAACAGCAACAACAGCAGCAACAGCUACCACAACAGCAACCACAGCAACAACCAUACCAACAAUCUCCCGUACAGUUACCACCACGCCCACCAUCGGCCAGUUCGAACAACAAUGAAGAUGAUGAUGAUGUGGUGGUGGGUCAGGCGAUAACACCGCGCAAGACGUUGAGUGCAAAUGAGGAUCCGAUGGGACCAGCGGUGGCGGAAGUUAAAACGAACUCAAUCAAAGAUGCAUUUGGUAUGGGCGAGACGCUGACACCAAUAGCCGAGGUGAAAGCGAACGGCAUGAAAACAUUGUCGAGCAUACAGGAAAUGUUAAGCAGCGGCGUGGAGAAUGGACGGAAGCAGAAAAGUGGUGAUCACAAAGGUGACAACGACAGUGGCGUUGAUGAAUCUACUCAGGAGAAGGAACGCAACGGACCCGGUUCACCCAGCUCACCGGCCAAGACACCAACAUCCACCACUUCGAAGGGAGACAAAGGAGCCGCCUCUCGCCCACCUAGCGCCACACCAUCGAACAAAUCGUCCAAAUCACGUUCCACAUCUAGAAAUCGUUUGCUGUUGAAGACUCCCGAACCGGAGCCAGUUAAAAAAGUAUCAAUGAACAAAAUUCAAGUCGGACACGCUCCUUCACCCAAUCUCAAAGCGGUGCGUUCUAAAAUCGGUUCGCUUGACAAUGCUGGUUACAAGCCCGGUGGAGGUAAUGUUAAAAUCGAGAGUAAGAAGAUCGAAAUAAAAGCCGCACCCAGAAUUGAGGCGAAAAAUGACAAGUAUACGCCACGUGGUGGCGAAAAAAAGAUUAUAUCGACAAAGCUACAAUGGAAUGCCAAGUCGAAAAUAGGCUCUUUGGAGAAUGCCAAUCAUAAGCCAGGUGGCGGUGAUAAGAAGAUCGAAACGAUUAAAACGGACUUCAAAGAUAAGGCUAAACCAAAAGUCGGUUCAAAGGAUAAUGUCAAGCAUACUCCAGGCGGUGGUGAUAUUAAGGUAAGGUGUCCGCAACCAUCCAUGACGACUUCAACAAAUGACGGAUCAGUAAUCAAUUAGCCAAUCCCUACAUCAAUGUGUUCCACAAAUAACUAAUUUUUGUUAGACAAUAAGGGUUAGUUUUUCAGUACGCGAUUAAAUCUGGCUGUGAUUUGAACUUAGUUUAAAUUCACAAGCUAACUGAGCGAUUAAACUAAGAUUAGCCAAUCAAAUGUCAGCCAACUGUUAAAUACGAACUCUGUUUAGAUGGUAUAUAUUUGAAGUGACUAGCUUUAGACAUUAAAGAAGUUAAAUGCAUUUAUGGAAAUGUUUUGUUUUAACUUUAUAUAUCUUACAGAAUGUUUUGGUAGAGCUAUGCCGAUUUU